AUGUCAUUACUUAAUAUGGUGCCUUCUUCAAAGAGGUCAUAUAAGUUAAUCAAAUUUAUCAUCAUCAUCAUUGCUUUCUUCAACAUUGUUUAUUUCACUUUACUCAGCACAAAUACCAAGAAUAUCAAUACCUCAUCAAUAAACAAGUUCCUAUUUGAUUCAAAAGAAUCUUCAUCAUCAUCAUCAUCAUCAUCAUCAUCAUCACAAUCCAAACAACAACAGUCGCCAUCAUUAUCAUCAACCACUACAACAUCAACAGCAGCAAAUAUUGUCAUUGAAUCACAAAUCAUUAUACCCGAUUAUUUUAAUAAUGAAAAAUCAACUGAAGAAAUCCAGUUCAAUAAACAAUUGAAUUCAAAAUUUGAACAAAUUAGAUCUGAACCAAAUAAAUAUUUCAUGGUUAAUUCAAAAUUAACUCAACCUAAAACUUCAAUUGAAAUUAAAAAAUUCAUGAAAAAAUUUGAAGAUUCAACUAGUUGGAUUAAUAAAAAUGAAUUAUUCUACGAUCCAAGAUUCACUUUAUCAAUUUAUUUAAAUGAAUUGAAAUUAAAAUAUAAAGAAUUGAGUCAAUCCAAUAAAAAUAAUAAAAAUGUAUUUGUUGGUAAUAAAAUUAAUUCAAAUGAAGUUCCAGCCAUUAGUUUACCUUUUAAUUGGGUCGAUUGGAUGGAUUUAACCGUUUUAAAUAAUCAACUUUCAAAACCAAUUGAUCAAAGAAUUAAUUGUCAAGAUAUUUCAAAAGAUUCUCAUAGAAAUCCCGAUGUUUCUUAUUUUUGUAAAAAUAAUGAAGAUGUUUUAAAUGAAAAAUGGGAAGAAUUGUUUAAUGCUGGUUUUAAAUCAAAAUCUCAAUUCCCUGGUUUUAUCAUUCAUGAACAUGAACAAUACGAUCAUUAUUGUUCAAAUGAUUAUAGAGUAUUACAAGCUAAAAGUUAUGCCAUGACCCAUUUAUUAAAUCCUUUAAAAGUUAUCAUUUUAAGUGAUGAUGAAACUACUGGUGGUACUUAUGAAUUUAAUGUCGAUUCAAAUAAAAGAUUAGCUAGUAGUAAAAUGGUUGAUAGAUUUGUUGAAUCUCAAGGUUAUUCCACAUCAUCAUCAUCAUCAAAAACUUCUGAUAUUCCUGAAAUUAUGGAAUUGGAUCAUGUCUCAAUUUGGAAAGAUUUGAAUGAUCAAGUCAUCCCACAAUAUUUGUCUUCAAAAGAUUUUGGUUAUAAUAACUCAUUAGCUAUGAGACAAAGAUCAAUUAUUGCUUUAAGUGAAGAUAAAUUCAAAUAUCCUGGUACUAUUCAAUCUCAAAUUGAUGAUUUACAAAAAAUUGAUAAAAAUUCUUUAAAUCCUCAUCAAAAAAUGUAUCUUGAAGGUCUUAAAGAAUGUUCUAAAUAUGAUGAUUCCAAUGAAAUUAGAUAUUUUAAAAUGGCUACUAUUAAUCCAAGUGAUCCUCAUAAUAAAGAAAGAGAAUGGGGAUGGCAUUAUGAUUGGAGAUAUUUCAAUGGGGCUUUAAAUUAUGAAAAACCUGGUUGGAAUCAACAAGAAAUGACCCAUAGAACUAAUAUUAUUUUAGAUAGAUUAUUAAGAAAUUGGCAAAGAUUUUCUAUUGAAAAAGGUAUUAUUACAUGGAUUAUGCAUGGUCCUUUAUUAAGUUGGUAUUGGAAUGGUUUAAUGUUUCCAUAUGAUAAUGAUAUUGAUAUUCAAAUGCCAAUUGAUGAAUUAAUUAAUUUAGCUCAAAAUUAUAAUCAAACUUUAGUUGUUGAAAAUCCAAGUGAAGGUUAUGGAAAAUAUUUAAUUGAAGUUAAUAGUUAUAUGCAUAAUCGUGGAGUUUCUGCUAAAGAAAAUCAUAUUGAUGCAAGAUUUAUUGAUGUUGAUUCUGGUAUUUAUAUCGAUAUUACUGCUUUAAGUAAUUCUAAUGUCAAACCUCCAAAAGAAUAUGAAGAUAAAAAAGAAUUGGUUGAUUUAGGUCAAGAUAAAUUAAUUUUCAAUGAUAGAAGAAAACAUUUCUAUAAUUUAGAUCAAAUUGGUCCUUUGAAAUUUUCCAUGUUAACCGGUAUUCCAGUAUUAGUACCUCAUGAAAUUACAAAUAGAUUAAAAUUUGAAUAUUCAAAAGGUUUAUCAUCAUUUGAAUUUAGUGGUUGGUUAUUCAUCAAAAAAUUGAACUUAUGGGUUCAUAAAUCAAAUUUAGAACCUUUAAUAACUAAACCAGAAGGUGCUGAAAAAUUAACUAAUGAAUUCAUAUUAGAACAAUUUGAAUCUUAUGAUAAAUUAUUGGAAUUAUUAGAUUCAAAUCAAGAAAUCCUUCAAGAAUAUUAUUUAACAAAAUCUUUAACUAAUUUCCAUAAUUUCCAAAAAUCGGUAUUAUUUGAUGAUGAUGGUUUAGAUAAACCUUUAGAUUUAGAAAAAUAUAAUACUUAUAAAAAAGAAUUCAAAUUAACUCGUCCUUUAAGAAAAGCUUUAUUUGAUUAUGAAAAAAUAGAAAGAGUUAAACAUCAUACUGAUUAA